AUGAUCCAAUAUGAAUAAAUAUAAAUAACCAUGAACUAGGCGCAAGGUCAAUGAGAAUAUAUAUUGUUAAGGUAAGGCUCAUGUAUGUGUGUAUUCUUUUGCAACGUAGCGGCUGAUAUAUCUGAAACUCAUUUCCAGGGUAAAUCCAGAUUUGUAUCCUGUUAUUAUGAAGUUUUAUAUAUCAUGUUGAUGAUAGAUAAGGUGAACUCUGGUCAUUUUUGAGACUGUGGUGGUUUUGUACUGGAUUUACAAAUUCAAACAUUCGAUAUCAAACAUGAAGUUAAUCGAGGUUGUGUCGUUUUAAAACAUGUGGUAUCCAAGGCGUGAACAUUUUGAUGACCUGAAUUUAUUUUUUUUAUCCAGGAGCUAAAUGUUGCUGAUGAUCCAUGGUGUUGCCAUUUAUUAUUAUUUAUUUAUUAACACCCUAACACUAUCAAAAUACUUCUAAAUAUUUGAAACUCUGGUAUUUUUUUUCCAGUAUUUCUCAGUUAGAUUUUUAAGUGUUUUUUUAAAUAAAUAGCAAAUGAGUGUAUGAUUAUUUUCUGCUCUAAAGUCUCAAGACUGAGAGUCUUUGCACAGAGUGGAUGCUGAGGGAGUGUACAUGAGACGUCUACGGCUGCAUGUAACAAGACGACGGCAGUAUUCUGUUCCUGGCCCAAACUCUUUAUGGCACAUAGAUGGUCACCACAAGCUUAUAAGGUGGAGAUUUGUUGUCCAUGGUGGGGUGGACGGAUUCAGUCGACUGGUGGUCUACCUGAAUGUGGCUGGCAAUAACAGGGCUAGCACUGUCCUACAGAGCUUUAUCAAUGCCGUUCAGCAGUACGGGCUGCCGUCAAGGGUACGGUCUGAUAAAGGAAGAGAGAAUUCAGACGUAGCAGAAUUCAUGAUCAGGAGCAGAGGUACCAACAGGAACUCUCACAUCACAGGCAGAAGUGUACACAAUCAGCGAAUAGAGAGGAUGUGGAGAGAUGUUUAUGAGCAUGCCCUAGACCUCUUCUAUCAGAUCUUCACUUCAUUGGAAGAUCAGGGAACACUCAAUCCAGACAACCAAGUCCAUCUUUAUGCCCUGCACCGGAUCUUCCUUCCCCAAAUUCAGAGAACCCUCAGCUCCUUCAGAGAUGCUUGGAACUUUCAUGGACUUAGAACUGAAAGGAAUCAAUCACCUAAUGAACUCUGGAGAAGAUACAGAGAGCAAGGCCCCAUGGAGGAUCCUGCAGAGGUUUAUGAAGACUAUGGGAUCGACUGGAAUGGGCCUCACAAUCAGCAUGGAGACACUGUGUCAGUUCCUGAGAUUCAGAUGGCCCGUGAGCUCUCAGAUGAAGAGGUUGCCAUUUUGCCAGUUUCAGGAGUUUCUUUAAAUGAUGCAAUUGGAUCAUAUUUGGAGACAGUGCAAGUUUUGUCAAGAAUCAUUGGAGACUGAUAUCUUAAGCAGGCCUUUUAUUUUAUUUAUUGUGCAAAUGUCACUCAUGAAUUAGUUAACUUGAUUUGUCAAUAAAAAUCUGAAAUAAUAA